GGAGAACCACCUGAGUGUAUUGCGGAGCAGCUGGCUUUCUUCGCCGCGGUGGACAAAGAAAAGAAACUACGCGACCCCAACACCCAACUUCGGUUUGAUACGGUUCGACGUCCAGCGGCGGCCGGACUGCGAUGUCCGGGGUUUUCCACUGGUUUCGUUUGUUGGCGGGCGGCUUUUGCCUGCCCCUUGUGUUUCCGUACAUCGUCUACAAGCUGUACAAGCUACGCUGGGGCUCACUGAAAACCGGCUGCCUUCAGGACAAGGUGGUUCUCAUCACUGGCGCCAGUUCGGGGCUUGGAGAAGCCUUGGCGCACAAGUUCUUUGCUGCCGGCUGCAAGGUUAUCCUCGCGUCCCGUCGUGUCACCGAGCUGGAAAGAGUCAAGGAUGACCUCAUGCAGUCUGUGCCGCAGCCCUCGGGGCACCACGUACCAGCUGUGCUCCAGCUGGACUUGGCGGACCUGUCAAACAUCACAGAAAAGGCUCAGCAGGCGCUGCGUAUCCACGACCGUAUCGACAUUCUCGUCAACAGUGGCGGCAUCAGCUACCGCGGGGAAGCGUGCGACACCUCGGUCGAGGUGGACGUCAAGCUUAUGAUGGUCAACUACUUUGGACACGUUGCGCUUACCAAAGCAAUACUGCCCAACAUGAUCGACAUGAGAGACGGAACCAUUGUUGCCAUCAGCAGCGUGCAGGGAAAGAUUGGCCUGCCCUUCCGUUCAGCCUACGCGGCAUCGAAACACGCGACUCAGGCCUUCUUUGACAGCUUGCUGGCUGAGGUGGCACAGUACAACGUCCACGUAUGCAUCGUCUCUCCAGGUUACAUUCGCACCAACCUCUCGAUGAACGCACUCACUGGUACUGGUGCAGUCUAUGGCGUGAUGGACGAAACCACUGCCACUGGAAUGGCCCCCGAGGAUGUGGCCGACAUCGUCCUGGAGGCGGUGGUGAACAAGAGAACGGACGUAGUGAUCGCCAGCUUCAUCCCACGCCUCGUGCUCCUCAUGCGGGUGCUCAUGCCCUGGCUCUACUUCACCAUCAUGAAGGGGCGGGCCAAGCGGUUGCGCCUGCAGCAGCGUCGGGUCCAAUAGCAAAUACUGGCACGUUUCACCCAGCGCGAGCGCGGGGCGCGAACGCUGUGAGC